AUGGAAAACAAUAAAAAUGACGAAAAUAACGAAAAAACCGAGAUAAUUGAGUCGUUAGGACAUAAUGCUUUAGUUACGCUUCUUUUAAAUAAUGAUAAUUAUCAUGAAGAAAUCGAAAAUGUUGAAAAUGGUGAAAAUUAUGGAAAUACUAAUAAAAUAAAUAAAUGUAGUGAUAUAAAAAUAAAAGAAGAUUGUAUAAAAAGUAGUAAAAAAAGAAAAAAUGAAAUAGACAUUUUUGAAUCUAACGAUGGUAUUAUAAAUGAAAUAUAUUUUUCACCAAAUAAUACAAAUAAAUAUAAUGGAAAAAAAAUAGAUAAAAAUGAAGUAGAUUUGUUAAAUUAUAAUAAUAUGCAUUUUAAUAGUAGUAUAAAAACCGAGGUUGUAAAAAAUAAUAAUUAUUUUAAAAAUAUGAAAAAAUAUAAUAUUUUACUUAAAAAAAAUAAAUAUAACACUAAUUUUUCAAUUCCUCACAAUCUUAAUAUUUAUAAUAAAUUUUUAGAAAGCGCAUCAAAAAGUAUUAAUAGAUUUACAAAUAAAAAUGAACAAAAUUUAUUUUAUUUACCUUUAUCAAAAAAAAAACAAAUUGAAAUCAGAAAUCGUGAACAAAAUGAAUUAGUAGACAGCUCUCUACUUUCUAACCACUUCCAAAUUGAAUGGGAAAAAAAUGGAAAUGGAAAUGGAAAUGGAAAUGAAAAAAAUGACGAUGGAAAUGAAAAUGAAAAUGAAUUGUAUAGUGCCUCUGAAACGUUGGGACAUAAAAAUAAGAAAAAUGAUAAAAAAUCUGAAAUAGUGGAAAAAAAUACAUCUAAUAGAUUAGAACACAAUACAAAAGAAGUUGAUAUUUUCUAUAGUAAUAAUAUAAGUAAUAGUGCAAGAAUAGAAAGGAAUAAAUGUUUUUCGAAAAAAAAUAUAAAUACAUACAAAGGGUGUAACAAAAAUAAUGAUGAAAACAAGUUGAAUAAGAAAAGGAAAAUUGAAAAAAAUGUGAACUCCGCUGAUAAUGUGGUUGUGAUAAAUGACAAAAAUAAUUACGAAAAAAAAAAGCUGAAAAAAAAAGUUAAAAAAAAAGUUAAGAAAAAAAAUAAAAAAAAUGAAUACCAGAAAAAAGACGAAACUAGAGAAGAAAUAAUAAAAAUCAAGAAUAAUGAUCAAGAGAAAAAUGAAAAAUCUUUUGAACAUUUUGUUAUUUUAGAUUUCAAUCCAAAAGAUGAAGAUUAUAAAGCAAUUAAAAAAAAAUUAGAAACGCAUGGACUGAUUUUUGAUUUACCAUUUGACACUAAAACUAAUGAUAUAAAAAAAGAAAAUAUAAAUACAAAAAAAGAAAAUAUAAAUACAAAAGUUGAAAUAAUAAAUAUGAAAAAAAAUUAUAUUAAAAAAGAAAAAAAUAAUAAUACAAUAAAUUUAGAACAAAUUGUACAAGUCGAACAUAAUUCCUCAAAAUAUAAACUAUUAAAAGAAAAAAAAAAUACUGGAAAAAUUAAAAUAGUUGAUUAUGAUUUUGAAAAAAAUAUUUGUUAUUUUCAAUAA